AUGCGCAGUGUGUUUCUGCUUCUGUUGUGGAGAAGAUGGCAGCGCCUAUAGACCUGGAGCUGAAGAAGGCGUUCUCGGAGCUGCAGGUGAAGAUGAUCGAUACGCAGCAGAAGGUGAAGCUUGCCGACCUGCAGAUUGAUCAGCUGACCCGCGUCCAGAAACAUGCUAAGCUAACGCACGCGGAGGUCACCGUGCUGGCGGACAACACGCGGCUCUACGAGGGCGUCGGACGCAUGUUUAUUCUUCAGUCGAAGGAAGACAUCAAUAAUCAGCUGAUGGACAAACAGAAAACAGCUGAGGAGAAAAUCAAAGAGCUCGAGCAGAAGAAGGUGUACCUUGAACGCAGCGUAAAAGAAGCUGAAGACAACAUCCGAGAGAUGCUGCUGUCCCGGAGAGCUCACUGAUCAAUAACCAAUAAUAAAUCCUCUGGAUUGAGCUUUAGUAUUGAGCAGUUAGGGGAGAUGUGCUGAGUCAGGAUUAUGAAAGUUGUGCUGAGUCAUGUUGUUGUUCUUAAUAAACUGUUGGACCUUCA